AUUGGCAUCAAACGUGGCCCCAGGGAAGCUCACAGUGAGUUUGGAAGACGCCCUCACCUCCUUCAUCCACCAGCCUGACCAAGGGUGGAUGUCAAGGGAAAUCUCUCCCACCGCUCAUUCUGUGUAUGAUGAUGGUAGCAGUAAGCACAAACCCGGAUGAGGAGAGAUGCAAACAAUGGAGGCGCCAACACCAGAGCCUGCAUAUGUUGAUGUGGACAAAGGACUAACAUUAGCAUGUUUUGUCUUCCUUUGCCUUUUCUUGAUCGUCAUGAUUAUUCGCUGUGCAAAAGUCAUCAUGGACCCUUACAGCGCCAUCCCAACUUCCACAUGGGAGGAGCAGCACCUGGAUGACUGAAAGGGACACUGCGGGAAGCUUUCACAGCACAAUCUGGAAGACCUUUUCAUUCAGAGAAGGUGAAUGUAUAUUAAACCGAAAUACAGAGUGGUGCAAAUACCUCUGACAGCAUAUUGGUUACAUUUUCUUGCAUAGCAGGUUGUAGACAUCAUUGUGUCCCUAUCUGAUGGUACAGCCUAUUUCUGUUAUAACCUUCACAUAUUAACAAGAGAAAUUACGAUGUAACUUGAAUAGCACAAAAGCUUUCUAGGCAAUAAGGCUCCCUUAAAGCUUCUAAUAUAAACCUCAACCUGGCAUUCUUCUUCCUUAAGGAAUAUUGUCUGUGUUGUUUCCAAUAAAUAAGGGGAUGGGUAGCUAUCAGUACUUGGAAAAGCAAUAAGGGCAUUUGAUCUUUCUUUGACAAUGGGUUGCUUACAAUAUGUUUGUCAGUUAUUUUUGUGUGGUUCUUAAGGCUAUGAAAAUGCCAGACCUUAUAGGUGUGCAUAGUCUAAGACUAUGUAAAAUGCCACCAAGGUCUCCUGGGAAUUUCUGCCCCUGGGAUGUCAGGGAAUGUAAGUCCUAAAAAGGUAUAUACGGUGGAGUAGAGAGAUGUGCACAAACUUAUUCUUGGCCAACUGAGUUCUAGGCACACACUUCCCCUACAGUAUUUUAGAAAUGUACUUCCAAGGGUCACGAUUAUGAAAUACACAAAACUUGUGACAAUUUUCAAAUGAUCAGCUGUACAAUUGCUCCCAUCUUUUUAUUUACAGUUGUUAAGAGUCAGCCUUGCUGCUACCCAUCUGGGUUGCACAAGAUUAAAGGAGCAAAGGCAAGAGAAGAAGAGACAUAUCUCAGAACUAGCUACUCUAGAUAAGAUGGGGUUAUAUUUUUCUACUGGUCAGUAAGAAAGAAGAGUAUUUAGCAACAAAUUAUAACGUGCAUUCUGCCAUGGCAAAAUUAAGUACUUUUAAUAGAAGAACUUUUCACAAAAUUGUAAUAUAAAUAUCUGCCCAAUUUCCCCCGUUAACCAUUCACUAAUUAUUGCAGAUAAGGAGGAGAAAGGGAUUCAAAGAGCUCCCAGAUUAUAUUGUGCAGUUUUGAGGUUUGGAGGGAAAGGAAUUCCCUUCAAAAAUAAAUCCUAGGUUCUGUAUUCCCUGAAGACUUUCAAUCCUGUCUCUAUUGCAAAAAUUCACCCACAGCUGCUUUCCUGCAGUGACUACAGGUUUUGUUCAAGCGAGUCCAAGGAACUACUGGAGUAAUAAGGAGUUUACCCUACAGGAGUCGUCCUGCAGAUGCUAGGUCUCAACUAGAGCAGUCAUGGGUGCAUCCGUGAAGAACCAGUUUCCACCAAACCUGGAGGUAUCCAGCUACUCACACACAGAGGGGGGUAUUUGCCCCCUAUAUUCCCAACUCUGUGACCAUGCUGCCAGGUGCCUUUCUUUGAUAAGGUUGCCUCCAUGUUGUAGGGUGCAUUGUAUAGGAAGGGGGGUAUCCAAUGGUUGGAGCAAGGAAGUAGGAAUCAGGGUUCCUUGCUUUCUAGUCUCAGCUCUGUCACAGACAUGCUACAUGACCAGGCAAGUCACUUCAUUUCUCUGUGCCUCACUUUACUCAUCUGUAAACUGAGCCACCAUAAUAUCUGCCUGCCUCCCACUGAGCUCUGAAGCUUAAUCAAUAUCAGAAAAGCACUUGGAGAUCCAUAAAUAAGAAGCACUGCAUAUAGGUACAAAGUAUUAAUUUAUUGUAAUUAUUUGUGAAGUUGGAAUAAAGGGAUUGGUUGAGAUUCAUUAUAGGGUAGGUUAAAUUCCCCCAUUUCAGAGGAACCCCAUAAGAUGCUCUUCACCAUUUAGCCCCUGCCUUAAGGACCAGAUUCUGCUGUUCUUACUCCUGGUUGUUAGCACCUUGCUCAAUUAAUCAUCCUGUUGGUUUCAGAAGGAUUCUUUGUGGAGUAAGAUGCUAUUCCACAUGACUAAGGGCAUCCAAAUCUGGCUCUAAGAGGUGUGGAGAGUAUUGUGCAGAACUUCUGCACUGGGAUGAAUUUCACCCUCUGUCCAUUUUUGGUGUUCAUUUGGGAGAAAGGAGUUUACUAUAGAUGCUAGGAUCUACCUGGAUAGUGCAGCUCUCUUCCCAGCUACCUGACCUGGUUGAAUUACCCAUUGCCAGUAAUUUAGCUGACAAGUUUAGCUCUUGUUUCUGUUGGCCAGUUGUGGAUUUUUACAAUGUGAACGUUAUUCAACAUAGUGUGUGCAAACAAAUUGCUGUCUAUUUUGUUCCUGGCUGGGGCACUACGAGUAUCUCUUUACACUAUAUGAGUUAUUGCCUCGGUCACAUGGUAUUGUUUCUGCUCCCUGACUGGGUGGCUCAAUUUUGUCACCUGUAGUCACGUUGACUAGUAUCUUACACUGAGUUUACUGGGACUAUUUACAGAGUCCAACAAGAGUAAGGGGAACAGAAUCAGUCUCUUGAUUGGCAAGAGUCACUUUUUUGUUCGCGAGUUAUCUGCACGCCUAACUGCUCAGCCAAUCGACAGUGCAAAUGAGGCUUGUGAUAGCCAUUUUCAGUGUGAACACUCUGGUGAAUGUUUAUCUGCACCCAUGAUACUUUGGCUUACCAUAGGGUCACAAACAGAACCCCAAUCCAGCAAAACACGUAACCACCUUAGAGCUGCUGUUUAGGAAUUCAACACAAGGGACGCUAUCUAUGGAUAUGUCUAUUUUCUACUAAUAAUGCAUUUCUGUUUCAGCUGUAACCUCCCUGAUUCAUCCUUCUGUUGGUAAAAGGCGAAAUCCUUAUGCUUAGGCUUUCCAUAAGCAUCUACCCAGUCAUCUAAGACCUUUCCAUUUGAAGUUCAUAUCUACACAGCUAUUUCAUUUCUUCACUGAUCAUGCAAACAUGAUCUGAUUUCUAUGCAUCCCAGUCUGCUGCCACCUCACUCGCAUAACCCCCAGGUUUCUUUGGGGCUAUCUGUAAAAGGGAAUGCUAACUUCUGUGUCAAAAGCAAAAACACUCCUUAUUUCUUGCCUUCUGAGUGUCAACUUGGCAAUUUCUCACCUGUCUUUUAAUCAGCACACAUUAUUCUAAUGCACACAUAAUCCUGAUCCUGCAAUCCCAACGUCACAUAACUUCCCUUGAAGUCAAUAGAAGUUUUGUGUUAGAAACAGCUGCAGCAUUGAGCAUAGAUAAUAAUUUAAACUGCAUGUAACAAGUGCCUCGGCUACUUUGUUUUAUUUUAAAUAAUUAUUCUCUACUUACAAUCAGCAAACCUACUCAUCUUGUAGUGAAUGUGUUUAUCUAAUACAAUAAAUGGCCUCAACACAGAACUUGUUCUUGUUUUUUAAAAGUAAGGCCAUCUUGGUUCUCUCCUGGUCUUCACAAUCCAUUCUGCUGGUCUCUAUCUGAAUUGUUCAUUGGACUGUAAAGGACUAGAUUGUAACUUUAGCCUCUACCCAGAGUAAGAGGUGGCAAGUAGAGCAGAGACUCAGUCACAAUUCCCUGCCUCUUUUGUCCAAGAGAAGAGUAAGUUGCUUCACUCCUUUUCAUAGAGCAGCUUCACCCCCACAGCUACUAUGGCUGGCAAAUGGGAGCGCCUCCCACUGUCUCCAUCCUUCUUUUCCAGCUUACUGACAGCCCAGUGUGUCAGACAAGUAGCCAGUGCUUUCCUCACCACUCUGGAGUCACAAUCUGAGCAGGGCCAAGCCAGGGGAGUCAGAGGGAACCAAUUCCCUUUUAGCCCCUGUGUGUGUGAGUAAGGGCUGUGGCAAUCUAGCCCGAAGAGAGGUGUCCCCAUGGUGGAAUUAUGGGGGAAAAUUUUGUGGGCCAGAUUUUCAAAGCUGGGGUGAACUGGAGCACAGUUGUUCUCGCUGCUCCUACAAAAUCCACCUUUGUGCAUGUAGCUCGCCCACGUAAUCACUGUGUCUGCACUAACAAGUGGCCAGUUGCAUUUAUGUGCCUGUCCUGGUGCAACUGCUGCACUAGUCUUUGAAGAUCUGGCCCUCUGUACCUUGAUCCUUUGCAAUUUUAACCCUAUUGCAUAAUGGGGGAGGUGUGUGGACAAGGAUUCUAGGCAGGUGCAAACUCAAUUAAUGUAUCAUCUAAAAUAAUCACGGUACAGAGAUUCUUUUUUGUUCCCCUAGUUUCAUUUAGCGAAAUUAAUUUGGCACCAGUGAAACCUGCAACUAUGACCACUUUGUUUUACACUGGCAGGAUUACAGCUGCAGGACUUCUAGAAUUCCCUGAGUAAAUCUGUCACUGCUCUUUAAUAACUAUACAAGAAACAGGAGGUUCACAGCACAUAACUGGCAGCUACAAAUCCUUGCCUCUGAAAUGGUCCCACCAAGAAUGUGUGAAGUCCUGAAAGCUUUGGUUAAAAAAAAUU